AUAUACAUAUAUAUAGAUAUAGAUAUAUAUAUAUAUAUAUAUAUAUAUAAAGGAAGUUCUUUCGCCAGCCAAGAGACAAUGUCGUCCAGCAGGAACCAAAAUCCACACGGACUGAAACAGAUUGGGCUGGACCAGAUCUGGGAUGACCUCCGCAAAGGCAUACAGCAGGUGUACACCAGACAGAGCAUGGCCAAGUCACGAUACAUGGAACUUUACACACAUGUCUAUAACUACUGUACAAGCGUGCACCAGUCCAACCAGGCCCGGGGAGCCGGUGUGCCCCCCUCUAAACCUUCCAAGAAGGCGCCGACACCUGGGGGGGCCCAGUUCGUUGGGCUGGAGCUGUACAAACGGCUGAAGGAAUUCCUGAAGAACUACUUGACAAACCUUCUCAAGGAUGGGGAAGACCUGAUGGAUGAGAGUGUGCUGAAGUUCUAUACACAGCAGUGGGAGGACUAUCGGUUCUCCAGCAAGGUGUUAAAUGGUAUCUGUGCCUACCUCAAUCGACACUGGGUCCGCCGCGAAUGCGACGAAGGGCGCAAAGGCAUUUACGAAAUCUAUUCGCUGGCCUUGGUUACAUGGAGAGAGUGCUUGUUUAAACCUUUAAAUAAACAAGUGACAAAUGCAGUUUUGAAGCUGAUCGAAAAGGAACGCAAUGGGGAAACAAUCAAUACCAGGUUAAUCAGUGGUGUUGUCCAGUCGUACGUUGAACUGGGCCUGAAUGAAGAUGAUGCCUUUGCUAAAGGACCCACAUUAUCUGUGUACAAAGAGCACUUUGAGACUCAGUUCUUGGCAGACACAGAGCGUUUCUACACAAGGGAAAGCACAGAGUUCUUGCAGCAAAAUCCUGUUACUGAAUACAUGAAAAAGGCAGAGGCACGGCUUCUGGAAGAACAGCGAAGAGUUCAGGUCUACCUCCAUGAGAGCACGCAGGACGAGCUGGCACGCAAGUGUGAGCAGGUGCUAAUCGAGAAGCACCUGGAGAUCUUCCACACGGAGUUCCAGAACCUGCUGGAUGCCGACAAGAACGAAGAUCUGGGCCGGAUGUAUAACCUUGUGUCCCGGAUCACGGAUGGUUUGGGGGAGCUGAAGAAGCUGCUUGAGACACACAUCCACAACCAGGGGCUGGCUGCCAUCGAGAAGUGUGGAGAAGCUGCUCUCAAUGAUCCUAAAAUGUACGUCCAGACCAUCUUAGACGUACAUAAAAAGUACAAUGCACUAGUAAUGUCGGCCUUCAACAACGAUGCCGGCUUUGUGGCGGCGUUAGACAAGGCUUGUGGCCGAUUCAUCAACAACAAUGCAAUCACCAAGAUGGCUCAAUCUUCAAGUAAAUCACCAGAGCUCCUGGCCAGAUACUGUGACUCUCUACUGAAAAAGAGUUCAAAGAACCCAGAGGAAGCAGAACUGGAAGACACUCUGAACCAAGUGAUGGUGGUCUUCAAGUACAUUGAGGACAAAGAUGUGUUUCAGAAGUUCUACGCUAAGAUGCUGGCGAAGCGAUUGGUCCAUCAGAACAGUGCCAGUGACGACGCGGAGGCCAGCAUGAUCUCAAAGCUGAAGCAAGCAUGUGGCUUCGAAUACACCUCUAAACUGCAGCGCAUGUUCCAGGACAUCGGGGUGAGCAAAGACCUCAACGAGCAGUUCAAGAAGCAUCUCUCCAACUCAGAACCGCUGGACUUGGACUUCAGCAUCCAGGUCCUCAGCUCCGGUUCCUGGCCCUUCCAGCAAUCCUGCACAUUUGCCCUGCCGUCCGAGCUGGAGCGGAGUUACCAAAGAUUCACGUCCUUCUACGCCAGCAGACACAGCGGCCGCAAGCUGACCUGGCUUUACCACUUGUCCAAAGGGGAGCUGGUCACCAACUGCUUCAAGAACCGAUACACGCUACAGGCAUCCACUUUCCAGAUGGCCAUCCUACUGCAGUACAACACAGAGGACAUGUACACCGUGCAGCAGCUGGCUGACAGCACGCAGAUCAAAACGGAUAUAUUAGUGCAGGUUCUGCAGAUUUUGUUGAAGUCAAAAUUAUUGGUUCUAGAAGAUGAGAAUGCCAACGUUGACGAGGUCGACUUCAAGCCCGACACCUUAAUAAAACUGUUUCUCGGAUACAAGAAUAAGAAGCUGCGAGUCAACAUCAACGUGCCCAUGAAGACUGAGCAGAAGCAGGAGCAAGAGACGACCCACAAGAACAUUGAAGAGGACAGGAAGCUUCUCAUACAGGCUGCUAUCGUCAGAAUCAUGAAGAUGAGAAAGGUGCUGAAGCAUCAGCAGCUGCUGGCGGAGGUCCUGAACCAGCUGUCCUCGCGCUUUAAACCCAGGGUCCCCGUCAUUAAGAAAUGCAUCGACAUCCUGAUAGAGAAGGAGUACCUCGAACGUGUCGAUGGAGAGAAGGAUACGUACAGUUAUUUGGCUUAGAUGUUAUCCCGUUUCCCCUCUACACUUUUCUUUUUAAAAUUUUUUUUUUAAAUUCUUUUCUUCAGAGUCUAUGAAAAAUUACAAGGUCAUUCCUCUUGACUUUUAGUCAAUGUUGUCAGGAAUGUGCAAGCAGAACCUGGAACUGACAAGGUGACAUUCUCGAUCUCUCAAGUUGACUUGUUGGUGGCAGAGUAGCUACAGUUUUGGAUGUCCCUUUAAAACUGAGGCUGGGUUGUCUUCUAGCCCCUGUCCUGCAUUUACAUCCAAACUGCUCAGGAUCGAAAGACACGUUGCGACAUGUAAAUAUGGACGUGCUCUCCCCCCUCCCCUACCCCCUGCCCCAUACCUAGCAAAAUAAACAUGACAAAAUCAAGAUCCCCCAAAAGUGUGGGGCUGCAUGCUACCGCCUAUCUGCAUUUAAGCAAAAGAAAUCGGAACCGGAUAUGAAAAGGCUGCUGCUAUUGGCAGUGGUUGUAAUUGAAAAAUACAUUUUAAAAACUAAUUUAUGAAUGCAAUUCGGGCAGCACUUUGAGAGAGCGUAAGUGUCGGAAUGGGCCCUUAGUACUGUGUAAUCGGCACCUGCUACGAGAAUAUCAUUUGUAUAGUGUGAUUCAUUUUUUAAGUGUGAUAAAUAAAAAUUAAAGGUUUCUUGUA